CGGGUGGUUCUGUUGUCCAGCGUUUUAUUUAAUUUAGCCAGCUUUUCUGCACAUAUUCCUGUUUAAUUCACAAUCUAGUGCCUUCUGCCGCGAUGUCUUCGACGGUGGAAAAGAAUGAAUACCCCAAAGCAUCCAAUGCAUUGGUAAUCGGGGCAGUGUUGUCGUACGUCGCGGGAGUAUUUUUGCUGAUGAGCUUUUGCUCACCCUAUUGGAUCGUAUCGUAUCCGGAGUCGUUCAGCAGCUUCAAAAACAUGGGCCUGUGGGAGUACUGCUUCCGUGACUUUACCUACCCGUACUACCAGUUUCCCAAGCAAUUCAACGGCUGCCACCAUAUUUUCAGCGAGGAGUACUACGUCAUCAGGGAGUACCUGCUGCCGGGAUGGUUGAUGGUGGUGCAAGGAUUUGUAACGAUUGCCUUUCUGUGCACAUUCACGUCGCUGAUUAUCAUGGCCUGUGAGAUUGUAAGGUGGCCGCUAAAGUUUGUGUUGCGUUACGAGUGGAUGUUAAGCAGCAUUUCCUUUACCGGGAUAGCAUCAUCAUCCUUUUUCUUAUUCUUAGCUGUGGCCGUCUUUGGUGGAAAUGCAUACCGGCGCGAUUGGCUGAUGUACCCGAAAUUCAAUGUGCUUUCGUGGUCAUACGAAUUGGCAGUGGUUUCAUUUAUGAUUCAGGCGCUCGCAUCGUUGUUGCUGUACAAGGAAUCCCGCAAAUCGUACGAAAUGCGUCGCGAGGCAAAGAAUUUGGUCAUGCAGAUGCAAAUGCACGAACCGGGAUAUCAUCCAUCGCACCAUACUAGCCGAAGUCUGCACAGUGGUGGUUAUAUCUAAACAGGGCAGGCUUUGUAAAUUACAUAUCCAACCAUAUCCAAUCUGUAUUCUACCUCUCCGGAAAACGCAAAACGGAGUUCCCCACAGCAUCAUAUCAACGUUCAUACACUGUGUAUUUCUGUAAUACUGAACCAUUCGCCAGAUCGCACUUAGCGACGCUUCUGUAUGUGUUGCACACCAAUAUUGGAUUUAUGUAGUAAUCUCUCAAACAAGUGCCCGAACAAUUGGUAUACUUCAAAGCAUCAUCGAACACGCGCGUGGCCUUAUUAUAUUAGCUGUCUUUUUCGCAAAACUCGAGGCACCUAUUGAAUUGCGCCGAAGAGGAAAAAAGUGCCUCAAUCUAAUACGAAAACUGAAAAACAAUUGCGUAUCGUCUAAUCUAGCUGUAACUCGUAACUAUACGUUAAAUUUAACGCAAACCCGUACAGGUAGAAGUACGUAUGCUUGUAAGCGUAGCUAUCGGUAAAUCCGUCCGUCCGUAAUUCUAUCUGCGUCACUGCAGAGUUUAGAAAUUUUUGAUGAUUUUACAUUGUAUUGACUACAGUUUUGUUAUAUAAAAACGCAACAGCUCGCAGUUGCUUAGGCGUAAUCGAAAUAGUAUUCUGUUUGGGUAAAUAGUUUGCCCCUUUUCUUGCAUAUCUCUACUUAUUAACAGGGACAUUAUUUGUAGUAAAGACAAGUAAUCUCAAUUUUCUUUAAGCUUGUAAGCUUUUUUCCGUCCAAUCUAAUUUUAAUAUCUUUAGUUUAGUAGAAAAAAAAACAAAUAACCGACAUUCCAUUCACAGUUAGUCGAAGAAGACGUAAAUAUUUUGCGGUAUAAAUGUUUCAGUUCAAUUUUGUCCAUGCACACACCAUGCAGUGAAAUUAAAUGCUCGAUUGAAAAUGUAACUCAGCAUAUCGAACGUGUACGUUCAACAGCCAGG